AGUAGAAAUCAAGGAAUCAUUUUUAGGGUUUUUUUUAUUAAAAAACCAUGGUGCCUCUGAUUAUGCUGAACUUUUGAAACAUACUCUAUCCGAUUAUCGAUUAAAUAUAGAAAAAUGUAGAGGCCAAGGGUAUGAUGGGGCAGCUGUCAUGAGUGGAGCUAACUCUGGAGUUCAAAAAAGAAUCCUUGAAAUCAUACCAAAUGCUACAUUUGUACAUUGUUGCUCUCAUAAUUUAAAUUUGGUGAUAAGUGAUGCUGCCAAAAGUACCCGAGAAAUAUCAUCUUUUUUUGAAACUGUUCAAGAUGUAUACAACUUUUUUAGUUCCAGUGCACCACGGUGGUCUCAACUAGCUCUUGGGGAAGAAGAAAGUGUCAAAUUAAGAAAAAGAACAUUAAAAAAAAUGUGUGCUACGCGUUGGGAAGCGCGUCACAAUGCCUUAUUUUCACUGAAACAGCGUUUUGUUGAUGUUUUAAAAGCUUUUACUAAAAUUCAGCUAACAAGUACUAAAAAAGAUGAGAUUAAUAUAGCCACAGCUCUUAAAAAGAAGCUUGAAUCUGCAGAGUUUGUUUUACUUUUAUGUGUUUGGGAAAAAAUUCUGAAGUCUUUAUUUGUUGUGUCCAAAAUACUUCAAUCUAUAAAUAUAGAUUUACAACAAGCAUUUGAGCUGUUAAAAAAUGCUCAUGCAGACAUUCUAAAAUUUAGAGACGAGUUUAAUAUUUUUGUAGAAAAUUCUAAGACUGUAUGUAAAUUGUGGAGCAUACCCUUUAAAUUUCUUAACAAACGCCAACGAUUUGCAACAAAGUUCUAUGAUGAGUUUGAUACUGAUAGAAGUCUGACCGUAACAGAAGAUAAUUUUAAAGUAGCCAUCUUUUAUCCUUUAAUAGAUACUACCUUACAAAAACUCAAAGAGAGAUUUGUUGGCAUGCAGACAAUUAAUGAUAAUUUUAGUAUAUUAAUACCAUACACAAUGACUACAAUACCAGAAGGAGAAUUAAUUAAGUUUGCUUAUGAUUUUAUAAAUAAAUACUCAGAUGAUAUCAACUCAGAUUUCACACGCCAAAUUUUAUCGUUAAAGAAUUUUUUAAUAUCUAAUUUUAAAUGUGAAGAUUUAAAAAAAAUGACUAUUCAAAAACUAGCAGAAUAUAUAAUUAGUAAUGAUUUAUCUAUUAUAUUUCCAGAUAUUUUUACAAGUUGUUGUAUAUUUAUGACUAUUCCUGUAACAUCAGCUUCAGCGGAGCGUUCAUUUUCCAAACUUAAGCUUAUUAAAAAUUAUCUUCGUAAUACUACAUCACAAGAUCGGUUAACUAAUAUUGCUUUAUUAAAUAUUGAAAGGCUUCAUACUUCGCGGAUCGAUGUAGAUUCUAUUAUUAAUAAUUUCGCUAAUUUAAAAGCCAGAAAAAAGAAUUUUUUAAAAUAGAUUAAAUUUAUUUAAGUAUUGUUUAAAUUUAAUAAUUAUUAAUCACAAAGAAGUUACCUACAGUCCUACAAAAA